AUGCCUUUUAUCCCCAACACUCCCGAGUCUCUGCUUCUCCAAUCCGACUCAAAAAACGGAGCAGAUACAUGCAGAGGCCUCACCUCCAACGGACAGCCAUGCCGGAGGCCAAUUUCCAAAAGCCCGCACUCAUCGCCAGGUCCGAGUCCGCAACGAGGGCAGAGCUCUGAAGCAUUUUGCUGGCAGCAUCGAGAGCAGGCACAGGCACAGGCGUCCACUCACAAUACACCUACGCCCUCGCCACAACGAAAACACAAAACGGUUAAAGAGCGAAACAGCGUGGACACAUUGGUGGACAGGUUAGGGUUGCUUGAAGUCGAGCAGAAUACAGGUCGAAAGCCACGUCAAAGUAGGACCCAUCGACAGCACACCCACGCUGAAAAGCCCACCAAUGAAGUGCCAGAGGCAACAAACCCGAACCCCACAAAUGGGCCGCCACAGAAGGAGAGAAGCUCGCUUUUAGGUCUCUGCUGUUGCAUUGGAGAAGGCGAUGAAGCUGAGGUUUCUGUCAGGCCAGCAAAGAAUGGCCGACGUCCCAGUAACACGGCCCAGAUACCACCUCAGAAACCCUUGAAAGAGAAGGCGGAUAGGCCUCACAUCACUCGCGAUCCAUCUUCCAGGACAGGAGAGUUUGUGUCUCUGAUUCCAGCAGCUACGCCACCUCAAACUGCAGCAUUAUUACUCGCUGAACUAGCAAAACCAAUUUCCGAAUCGGAUACUACCGGCUACAUUUACAUGUUCUGGCUUACCCCCGAGUCUCUUCCUGCCGAUGCUCCUUCGGAGACAGCGUCUCACUUGCUCGAACCUCCGUCGAGACCGGUCAAUAGACAAAGACGAACGUCUGACGUCCUGAAUACUUUUGCGGCCGCCACACCGGAUACCUCGAGUAAGAAGACAAUGCUUCUCAAGAUUGGCAGAGCACAAAAUGUGCAAAAGAGACUCAAUGAAUGGACGCGACAAUGCGGAUAUAAUGUUUCCCUGAUUCGCUACUAUCCUUAUCAUUCAAGUACACCCUCUGCGAAUAACGCUGACCAACCACCAAAAACACCUCACAAGGUACCCAAUGUCAACAAGGUGGAGCGGUUGAUACACAUCGAGAUUGCAAGCAAGAGACUCAAAGGGGAUGGUAAGUGUGCAGCAUGCGGAAGGGAACAUAGGGAGUGGUUUGAAGUUGAUGCUAGCAGGGAAGGAGUCAAGGAAGUUGACGCAGUUAUUCGGAGGUGGGUGGAAUGGAGUGAACGGGAGGUUCAGAGAUGA